UCGAGAUGCCAAGGACCUACAUACAGGCAGCUGAUGAUACUGCCGGCUGAAGCGCUAUCCAUUUAAAAAUAGAAAUAAAGCAGUAUUUUGCCGCUGCGUACAAGCUCGGAUGGAACAGAUGAUGCUUUCUUCUAACACAGUCAGUUUAAUUUGACGGAUGUCGGUGGUAUUUAAGGAGGAAAUGUUUGGAUUUAUGGAGUCAAAGCGUUAAAUAAGGAUCAUGGCGUUUCCGGAGGGAGAAUCACUGGAAUCCUGGCUCAACAAAGCCACACACCCGACCAACCGGCAGGAGGACUGGGAAUACAUAAUUGGGUUUUGUGACCAGAUCAAUAAGGAGUUGGAAGGUCCUCAGAUAGCUGUGAGACUCCUGGUUCACAAAAUCCAUUCUCAAGAGUGGGAAGCCCUUCAAGCUCUGACGGUGAGGGAUGGCUGCUUUAUUAUGAGUUUCUUUACAGAUGCUAUAAUGUUUUACAUGAUGUCUGAUGGUUUUGUGUUUCUGAAGGUACUAGAGGCUUGUAUGAAGAACUGUGGGCGAAGAUUUCACAAUGAAAUAUCCAGAUAUAGGUUUUUAAAUGAGCUGAUUAAAGUGGUUUCGCCCAAGUAUAUGGGGGACAGUGUUUCUGACAAGGUGAAGAAUAAGGUCAUUGAGAUGUUGUACAGCUGGACGGUGGUGUUUCCCAAUGAGGCCAAGAUCGCAGACGCGUACCAGACGCUCAAGAGACAAGGACUUGUGACGUCAGACCCAGAACUGACUGUGGACAAAUCCCUGAUCUCGUCCCCUCCGACACGACCCAAAAACCCAGUGUUUGACAAUGAGGACAUGGGGAAGUUGUUGGCUGAACUUCUGAGGAGCAAAAACCCGGAAGAUCUUCAGGAGGCGAACAGACUGAUCAAAAACAUGGUGAAGGAGGAUGAGGUCCGAGUGCAGAAAAUGGCCAAACGCAACAAUACGCUGGAGGAAGUGGACAACAACGUCAAGCUCCUGAGCGAGAUGCUGGGUCACUACGACAGAGAGCGAUCGUCCGACGCCGACCAUGAGCUCAUCAAGGAGCUGUAUGAGCGCUGUGAUAAACUACGACGCACCGCUUUCAAACUGGCCACUGAGGCAGAGGACAACGACUCCAGUCUGGGGGACAUUCUCAAGGCAAACGAUGAUCUGUCCAGAGUAAUCAGCUCUUAUAAACGAAUCGUAGAAGGACAGGCAGAUGACGGCGAGGGUGAAGAUCUCAGACCGGCUGCUAGUGAAGGAUGUGAGACCACAGGCACAUUGAUUGAUCUGGCUGGACUGGAUGAACCUUCUCCUCCCCCGACCGUUGCUCCUCCCCCUCUUCCUCCUCAGGUCCCGUCAGCCAAUCCCACGGCCUCGCCCAUCCCCGUGCUGCCGCCUCCUCCUCGCCGAUUGGCCGGAGCUCAAGGCAGUCAGACGAGCAGCCCCAAUCACAAACUGCCUGAGCAGCAGACCUCCCUCUCCCUGCUGGACGAUGAACUCUUGUCUCUCGGACUGAAUGAUCCUCCCUCUGUGCCAAACAGACAGAAGUUGGAUGACCCGUCUGGUCAGUGGACAUCCUCACAGGCUCCUGAUCCGGGCCUGGACCUGUUUGGGAGCAUCUCUGCUCCGACAACACACACUCCUGCGCAGACCUCACACACACCGGCUGUCAGUCAGGGGCUGCAGGAUCUCUCCAUGCUGGACUUUGGAGGUGGAAAGAGUAGUGGUUCUGGUCUGACUGGCAUCGCUGGAGGAACUUUUGGUAUUUCUGGAGGUGUAAUGUGCCCCACAGCCGCCCCUCUUCAGUCCAUUAGCCCGUUUGUGAGUGCGGCGGUGCCUGGUUCGCCCGCUGUGGCCCGGUAUCAGGCGGUGACGGGCGGCUCAGCUCCGGGCAGCCCUUUCUUUCAGCCCUUCUCAUCCCCGUCUCACUCGCUUCAGAGCAGCCCGGCGCGGAGCUCAGAGCCCAGCCUGUCCAACCUGAACGUCCCGCUCGAGUCCAUCAGACCCAGUAGAGUCUUACCUGUGACGCUGUAUGAUAAGGAUGGAGUCCGUGUUCUCAUGCACUUUGCGAUGGACUGUCCGCCGGGUCGACCGGACGUCCUGGUCAUGGUGGUGUCGUUGAUCAACACAGCGCCGUUACCCGUGCGAAACAUAGUGCUGCAAGCAGCUGUGCCCAAGUCUAUGCGAGUGAAGCUUCAGCCUCCAUCAGGUGCAGAGAUCGCGCCCUUUAACCCCAUCCUGCCCCCCGCAUCCAUCACUCAGGUCAUGCUGCUCGCCAACCCACUCAAGGAGCGUGUGCGUUUGCGCUAUAAGCUGGCGUAUCUUCUGGGAGAGCGUCAGUAUUCGGAGGUUGGAGAACUGGAUCAGUUUCCUCCAGCGGACAGAUGGGGCUCGCUGUAGAUCUCAUCCUUUACCUGCUCGAACUCUUAUGUUCAUUCCCAAGGAUCGUCUUUCAUUUGUGCUGUUUAUUUAUUUACUAUCAGUGUUUUGCUGCAGCCUUGUGAAGCAGCAUUUGAUGCUUGAUGUUUUUCGCAAAAAUUCAAGCUGGAUAUUAAUACAAUAACACAACGUCAGUGACACACAUGAGGGUCUGAAACGGACGCGUUUGUUUCAGAGAUUGGUCUUUUGUGUGCUGCCUAUACAGACGUUUACCAUGGUAAUCAUAGUUUCUGUUAAAAUACCAUAGUAAAACAAUAAAUAACUAGCACUUUCAACAAAUAGAGUAAAGUUAUGAUUAGAAAAUGAAAUGAAAAAAA